AUGACUGACAGUAUAUGUUGCUAUCUCAGUGUGAGAACUUACAUGGAAAGAGAGUCGAAUAUGAGUGCUUGCGACCGUGUAGGAUGGUUUUCUGUUUACGGUUACCGAAUGCAGCACUGGUUUAACCCACCUGGAUCACCUCACAUGGGUGGCGCCUGGGAGCGUCUAGUGCGGUCGGUGAAAACCGCUCUUGCUGCAAUGGAGUCUUCUCGAACGUCGAACGAAGAAACGCUGGCAACGUUGCUAGUGGAAGCUGAGAGUGUGGUCAAUUCGAGACCGCUAACAUAUAUUCCUCUGGAGACGGCGCAACAGGAGGCUCUAACACCGAACCACUUUCUUCUAAUGAGCUCGAGCGGCGUAACGCAGACUCCGAAGACGCUUACGGAUCCAAGACAAGCCUGCAGGAACGACUGGAAUCUAUGCCGUACAAUGGUAGAUCAGUUUUGGCGCCGGUGGGUGCGGGAAUAUCUUCCUACCAUCGCACGUCGUACCAAGUGGUUUGAGGAGACGAAACCGAUCGAGGUAGGAGAUUCGGUGAUCAUCGUGGAGGAGAAGAUACGCAACGGAUGGAUUCGAGGACGUGUAGCCAAGGUCGUGGUGGGCCGAGAUGGGCGAGUUCACGAUGCCGUGGUGCAGACUCCCGACGGAAUGGUGCAUCGACCUGUAGCAAAGCUGGCGCGGAUCGACAUAGAAAAGGUGGGGCUUCAGCCGGGAACAGCAGAAGGUGAUAGUAGCACAAGAAUACUGUCGGUCAGAACGGACGGUGUCGGAUUGUUCAAGUUAAGGUACAUUUUGAUCCAAAUUGUAGCUUUAAACGGGAUAGUAUUCUACCUGCACAAUUGUUGGGAAGAAGAAGGAUUACGUAUUGAACCGAUGUAA